CUCCAGAGACUACCCAUGCUGACAGACACACCAUCCGAAACGCCUAUUCACUUCUGUGGACACUAAACUCUGAAAGGAUGGAUUUUUUAGACCGCGGGUACCUGGAAGCGCGGUCUCCUUAUGAUUACACCUUUAAUUUUUGGAACGACUACCUCGGCCUGUCGACACUCGUCGCCAAAAAUAAGAUCAACAGUCCGUCCUGCAACCCCAACUCUAUAACUGAGUCUCUUAAGGCGACUCUGGGCUUGGAAGACGAUUCCCCGGUUUGCUCCUGCGUAAUUGGGCACGGCAGGGACAGCGACGGACACUUGGACUGCUGCUGCGCGGCUCCUGGCUCCCCGCCGAUCUCCAUCUAUGAUCUCAAGGAGCGCAUCUCGCUUCUCAGGCCGUACGAACACCUUGUCGGUGACUCGCCGCUGGGAGACAGAGAUUCACCCCCCUACAGGGGAAGCUUCGCCGGCCUCGACCUGCUCUCCAUGGACAGAAGGCGCAAACAGACUCAAAGGUGCAAGCCGGAGCCGAAGGUGUGCGUCUUCUGUCGGAACAACGGUGCACCGGAGGAAGUUUACGGCACCCAUAUCCUGAAGACAGCGGACGGCAGAGUCCUGUGCCCCAUCCUCCGGGCAUACACCUGUCCCCUCUGCAGUGCCAACGGUGACAAUGCGCACACUAUCAAGUACUGCCCGCUAUCUAAAGAUCAGGCGAGCCAGAGAGUGGCGAAGGGAGGCAGAGCUAUUGGCAAAAGGCUGAAAAUCUUCUAAGCGAUGAGAUGAAUGAAGUCUGAGUUGCACUGUAAAUUAAUAGUGUGUAUGGCAGUAUGUAAUUUUGCCCCAUUUCAUGCACAAGGCAAGUCUGGAGAGGAAGAUUUUAAGAAAAUAAGAUUUGUAUUGAUUUCUUUUGUAUGUCACUGCUUCAUUCGCAAUGUUUUCGUCUAUAUCUUUGUUGUAACUCUAUGGGCACAUAGUUUACACUUGGACGCAAAGCGCGCAAUAUGCCCCCCCCGCAGCACUCUAAAGACUUGGUGAUCAAAAAUGAACCAAAGUACUGUACAGAUCGACCUGUGAAUGACCACCUUCAUGCUGUAAUCAUACGUUGCUGUGUUUCAAGAAGCACAGUGCCAGUGAAAACUGCCCUGCGCAUGUCCGCGGAGUCUGGGUUUAUGAGACAUAAACAUAAAUAAAUAUGCAGCACUCCUGAUAUGAAAUGAAUGUUAGGUGACACAUUUCAUGGGCCCAUGGAUGUAAGACGUCUGACAGGCCAUGCAAAAUGCAACAUAUAGCCUACUUGUUUAUAUCGAGCACAUGUUUUUCCUGAGAUAAAUGUUUUCUACCAAAGGAAUACACUUUUGUAUUGAAACUUAGCCUAAAAGUAAUUUCUGUAUUGUUUAUAUGUUGGAUGUCUUAUAUUCUUUAUGUGAUUUUAUGUGGAUAGUACUAUUUUGCAGAUUUCAACUGAAUGUAAAACAUUGGAAGGCAGAUCUGACAUGCAGUUCACCUGCAUGCUCUUAAUGUAGCUCCAAGCUCUUAUCAUUUCAGUUUACUGUCAUAUACUGUAAGUUCAAAAACACAGAUGCUGAACUGAUUUUUUUUCACGUGGAAAUGUAUUCCUGCAAUUCUUGUAAAUGUAUUAAAGGGGUGACAAAUUUUAGCAAUGAAAAGCCUGACAUUCCAAAGUCUUUAUCUGUCAACAGAAAUGUUUUAUGUACUUAUUUUUACUUUAUG